GAGAAACAGAAAAUUUUUUAAACAACACUACUGAUGACAGUAAAAAUAUAACACAACAGUUGAAGCCAUAUGAAGAACGUUUAAAAAGAAUUGAAGAAGCCCUCUGCAAACUUACUGGACCUCCUUGUAUUAACUCUCCUCAACAAACAAUAUCAGACCCGUACGACCAACGCUUGAAAAUAAUAGAAGAGGCAAUCUGUAAAAUGAGUAAUCCUCAACAGUGCAAUACUUCUCCUUAUUUUGUCUGCCAAGUGCCUCAAGGAAAUUACAAUGAUUCUUUGUGUGAUCCAACAAGGGGAAUCAGUAGUAACGGAACACAGACCCAACAAUGUGUUUCACCUAGUCCGCAAGAGUGCAGUCCGCAACAUCACAACUUCUCGUCCAUCUCAGAUUGCUACAUUGAGGACCCUUACUUGCCCUCGCCAGUAUUGUUCCCAUCAUUUCCUUCGCCUUGCCCUCCAUCUCCAUGCCCCGAAGUAUGCUCCCCUCAGAGUCAGAAUCCACAAGGUGUGUGCCAUCCCCAUACUCCUGUGGACUACUUCGGGAACCCCAUUGGUUCCCAACAGACCAGCCCCUGCUGGGGCAGCCCCCCGGGCGCACAAAAUCAAGUGUCCACAUGCCCCUUGGAGUACAACGACCUGGGCGAACUGCGAAGAAACAGGGCACCACCAGGGACAUUUUCCGGCAUAGAUCUGGUAGACUGCCCUGGUAUGGGGUUUCCAGUACCCAAGGCAGCUCUAGACAGAGGAGGCAGACUACCUGGACAGACUGUACCUUUGACUCCGCCACCGCCACCCCCUCCACACAUGGGGAGAUUCACACCCCUCGCCAUCAGUUCGCCUGUGAAAGGAGAUCCAGGAGUGUUAAGACCUCGUCAGCCAGUUACUCCUUUACCUCCGAAUCCACUGGGUGAGCAACCGAUGGACCCAGCUCUUCUUCCUAAGAUUCAAGAAGAUCUGCAAAAGUUAGCGGAGAGGAAUAAGAACUUGCAAGAGCUUGUCAACAACUUUAAGAGGAUUCGUGCAACACUGACUGAUGCGAUUGAUAAAGCAGUGAAACUCAACCAAAAACUGCAAAGGGAUCUGUACUAUGUAGCUGAGGCACACCGAUAGUACCAGGGGCUGAAAACAUUGAAUGUACAGGACUUAAUUUGAUUGAACGUAAAUACUCAGAACUAAUCAUGAAUGUAAACAAUUAAUAAAUGAUUUCAAUGCA